UGUUGUAAAUAACUCAGUCUGUCACCCUCGUUCACCUUCGCCAUCCGUCGUCGUCUUCGUCAUUUUCCGUAUUAGCUUCCAGACAGUCGGUCACGUCGGUUGUUGGUCCGAUUUUUCGGAUUUUCCGCUGUUGUAGAUUUAGCCAGUUACUCAAUUUUCGUUGUCUGUUCGGUCCGGUUCCGUCGUCAGAAUAUCCUGUGUUCUUGAGCCCUUUUGUUCUUAGUGAAAUCCUGUAGUGAAAAGAUUGGAAAGGAGUUUGGGAUUAGUUUUUUUUGUGUGUUUUGUCAUGCAAAUACGAGUAGAAAGUGAUUGUAGCAAGUUUUUUUCAUCAGAAGAAAAUGUGAACCUAGUUUAGAACAUUCGAAGGAUAAAAUUUUCAACCUCACCCCACCUCCAUUCCGCCUGCGUCUGCUGAGCGCGACGUCCCAACUCAAUGUGAUUUACAUCACAUUGGAUAGUACGUGCAUACAUGCCUAUUCGGAACUAUGAAUAACGAUUGUUAAUUCGCCAGCCUGGACCACAGUGACAUGCUUUUUUUCGCAAGUUACUAUCAACAACAAAGAAUGAAAUAUUGAAAAUUUUCGGUGAAGAAGCUUUGGAAACACGGAGGGAAGCAGCUGCGCGUUGCAUACGAGCGAGACCCAACUGUCCACUGACUGAUGGUUCGCAAUAAAUAUUCCGUGAGUAAUGCUGGCAAGUCGCCGAGUAAAAAGUCGCGUACCAAUAGUAAGCAGCAUGACGCUGGCAGUGACCAAGAAGGUGGAGAAGGUAGUUCCGGUGCGACAUUGAUCGACGGAGGAAGUGCAUCGAACGGAGUAGCCCAGCGAUGUGAUUCAGUGCAUAAACAAAAUCUUUACAUUAUUUCGUUCCCCGUUAUUUUUGUGUUUAACGUUUUGCGUUCCUUGCUGUAUCAGUUAUUCAUCAUUUUCCGGUACAUUUAUAAUUUCACAACAAGAGUAGUUUACAAACCGGUGCGAAAAGAGUGUGGGCUAGAAAUUGUCAUCAACGAUCAGCAGCAGCCAAAAGCACAGAUUCAGCCUAAUCUGGAUCAGCAGCAACAGUUGUCUUACGACCAGCAGCAAGCCCUUCCUCUACAGUAUUCCAGUAGUGGAGUUUUAAUCAACGGGGAAGGCCGUGAAAUGUCGGUGCAACGUUCAGCUAGCGGAAGUCAGGUCGGCCCCGGAGAUCCGCUGCUGGCUAAGCAAAAACACCAUCACCGCAGAGCUUUCGAGUAUAUUUCUAAAGCAUUGAAGAUUGAUGAGGAAAAUGAAGGUGAGUACUCUAUAGUGAUAUCAUAUUAUUACGACCAAUAGGCAAAAGAGCAGACCAUUUUUAAUUCAAGUACGCAUAUCGUGAGGGAGGAUUCGUGAGCAUACACGAUAAACUACCAAAUCGGUAAAAUAUGCUGUUAUUAAAUCGCAUUCUCCCCAAACCCAUAUAUGGAAACUUGUCAUCUAGAUGACUGGUAUAGUGUAGACGACUGCAGAUAGUUGCUAUUGUUGUCGUUUGCCUCUCUAAUCUGAAUUGUGGAUUACUGAAAAAAGCGAAUGCAUAUUUCAGUUAUUUUACAAAUUUUAUUAUUGAAAUGGUUUAUUCAUUAAUUAUUAAUUAGGAUCAAUGAAUGCAUAUUUUUCUGUGGCUUUCUUUUCAUUUUAAUGAUGGUUGUUCUCUAUUCAUUAAUGAGCUUUUGAAUUAUUGGCACACCGUGAUUUCUGGUAAAAUAUGAUUGCUUUUUGUAUUUUUAUGUCUGCUUUUUUUGUAGUAUUCGAUAUUACUUUAGAACUAGUUCGACAAUAGAUUGUAUCAGUCAACGAGGUUGAAAAUUUUUCAGCAAAUAAGGCCGUUACAAAUAUUUAUUUCACUUUUUGUCCCAUCAUUCUUUGGCUGGUCCAGGGGGG